CUCACUUCUUCAAAUCAUCAUUCCGGAUCUCCACGUCACUUUCAUCUUUCACGAUACGAUAUCAGAAAGAUAUUCUGGCUAUCCUCGCUCUUCUCGCUUUUCUUUCUCCUGCACCAGAUUACUUGUUUUCUGUCCUAGCAGAUCUCACAUCGUAAACAUGUCCGCAUUCCUUUCUUCUAAUUCUUCUGAAGAGGUCUCUCCUCAGGGUCCCUCUGCGGAUACCUCAGAUGUCCGAGGCCGUGAGGUCGGCAUCGCACACAGCGACAGCAUGGAAGCCUCGUCAGGAACGAAACCUAUUCUCUCAUCCCCCCACGCCAUCCAUAAACCCUCCUCAUCCCCUAAUCUCUCCAGUCGGAUUGGACGCGCCAGACCCAGGGAGCAAAGAACUCCAGUCUCUCAAGCUGCCAUGCAGCGAUCCGACAACACCUUCGUCUCUCGUAUCCCCAGAGGAUACUCCCCACAACAGGCCGUAGGUAUCUCUCCAUAUGCCAGAAGGGCCCAUGCCUCAGAGCCGCGCAGCGCAAUUCCCAUCGCUACCUAUAGACGUAGUAUGAUGAACUUGGGGGGCUCACAGGGCACACCAGUCGGAGGAUCUCCUGGGGGCGACAGGGUUGCAGGUGCGUCUCGUACGCCUCGAUCUCAGCCCCCAGCCAAGAAAGCCAACCCCGACACCCCCAUCCCAGAAAGCGUUCGCAGGGCUCCGGAGGAGCAAAAGAAGCUCGUUCCCGAGUCAUCAGCCGAUGUCAAUGGGAGCUCUAGUGAGGAUGAACCAAUCGUGCCGCCCACCAUCUACACAGGCGAGUAUCGUAUUCCUUUGGCCGAACGCAUCAGAAAACUCCCAUAUGGGCCCACACUGAGAAUCUCUCCUUCAGCCGAGGAGUUGAUCAUGGGACGCAAGGCUGUUUCUGAAUAUGACGUUGCCCAGAGGGCUCGACCUGCACAGGAGUCCGGAGGACAGGGGGACACCUCCGGCUCCUCUCAAUCUACCCCAGUCCCCAAAUACAACGAACCCCGAGUCCCCAAACACAACGAACCCCGAGCCACUGCUCAGAAGCCGGUGACUCGGGAUCUCAGCCGGCUACGCAUCCCUCAGGAAGCCACCCCAAGAUGCGAAAUAGCCCGCCGCAAACCAGUGCUUCCCAGACGGUCUGUACACAGACCACAAUUGUCCGCGAAGGCGCCAACAAGCACCGGAAACGAAAACUCUCCCCCGGCCUCACUUGCAACAACCAUGUCCGAGAUUUGCCUCCAGACUGCGGAGAGCGCCAGAGCCACAGACCGGUUCCCGCCACGGUCCUCCUCCAUGCAAGCUGUGCCAGAGCUUGCAGCGUUGGGGGAGGCCGAUGAGCAGAAGAGUCACGGUCGAAGUCGAAACACCACUUUCGACGACAUCAUUCCACAGGGGGCUGCCGAGAGCCACAACGGCAAGCCUCAGGAUGAUACUAGAGCUCCAACGCCAUUCAGCAACCUCAGGCCCUUCAGAAUCCGCGACAUCUUUCACAAGAACAGAGAGGUCGCAGGAGAUCGGACCGUGAGCACCGUGAAGCCAACAGAGGAGGAGGGCAUUCCCGGUGAUUUGGUAAAAAAGACCUUGACGAGCAAGGCAAAACAACCCGGAGCGAGCUGGACUCUCAGCCGUCCACGUACCCCCAAGACUUCGCUUGGGCCAAUCUCAUCUCCCAUCCCACUGGUGGGCCGCUCUCCUUUCGACAGGAUGGACAUGGGGGCGCCAGACACUCCGACUCCAGAGCAUGCUCGCCAAGCAGUGUCGACACAGACCAAGGCCGCCAAACCAGGCCUGCUAGCUCGACGGGACCAUACCAUCUUCACCGCGACGUCUGGAAGUCUUCUCCCUGCGAGUGUCAUGGGCAGUCCCGAGUCAAGAACCGCAGCCACCCGCCACGCCACCGUCAGAGAUGCAGCCAUCCAGACCGAGCCACCUCGCCAGGACUCGGGUCUGGCCAGCCAUGUGCAGUUUGACGCUAUCAUCAGCGCCACGUGUGACAAGGUCCGGGGCGCGGAAGGACCCGCUGAAAGAGUCAGGUAUCUUCGGUUGGCCCUCGGCAUGCAGAGGCAAGUCGACAACUUACGUCGUUCGGAGCAGGCAGUGCACGAUGCAACUGCAGAGCUCAACGAAAAGGUCGCCUACAAGGCUGCCGUCGAAAACGCCAUAUGGGCAAGGUCCCGCCAGAUCCAAGCCAUGAUGGAGGAAGAGUCGGAGGGUCGUCGCUGAGGCAAGCGCCCCCGGUCCUCACUCCGAGGAUCGCCGGCCAGAGCCAUCUCUCGGCGGACAGCAGGACUCUCCAGCGCUUUUCAGUCUGGCUCUCUGUGUCUCCUUUCUCGUGCUCGUUGUUCUUUCGGUUUUCAUUUUCUUUUUCUUUUCUUUUCUUUUUUUUUUUUUUACUGCUUUCGGCCUCUGGUGUCGGGGGCAAGACAAAGACAAGGACAAAAAAAGAUAAAAAUACAAAACCACAGAAGAAAG